AUGCAGAGCAACUAUUCCCUGGUCAUCACCACCAGAGAAACUCUGCAAGUCCUCUCUACAGCUCUGACAAACUCAUCGGCUGUGUUGCACUCGCCCCCUCCAUGCUCACUUACUUCUUCAGAUUAUCAGUUUUCGCUAAUUCCAGCACUCUUCACUGUGAUUUUUGUUCUGGGUUUGGUUGGCAACAGUGUGGUAGUUGUGGUGCUUUGUCGUCACACUGGCCCCAAAACGGUUGCUAAUAUCUACAUUUUCAACCUGGCCAUGGCAGAUCUGCUGUGCCUUGUCACCCUUCCCUUCUGGGCCACCUACUAUGCACAGGGAUACAACUGGCUCUUUGGGUCUCUCAUGUGCAAGAUCUCCAGUUCUGUCCUGUGCUUGAACAUGUUUGCAAGUAUUUUUUUUAUUACAUGCAUGAGCGUGGACCGGUACCAUGCCAUUGUCUAUCCUAUUCAUUCUCAAACAAGAACUCCACAACAAGCUUAUUUUGUAGCACUGGUUGUGUGGGGCCUUGCCUGUUUGUCCUCCCUCCCAACUUUUUAUUUCCGAGACACUUACUAUGUUAAAAGCUUGGGGGUCAAUGCUUGCAUUAUGGCCUUUCCUUAUGAGAAUUAUGCAAAAUGGUCAGUGGCAACAGCCUUCCUGAAAAAUGCCCUUGGCUUCUUCAUCCCCUUGACAGUGAUCACCACCUGCUACAUCCGGAUCAGGAGACACUUGCUCAAAGCACAGGAGUUUGGGAAAAGCAAGCAGAAGAGGGACAAAGUCCUAAAGCUGGUGGCUGCUGUUGUCAUGGCCUUCUUAAUUUCCUGGCUCCCGUUCCACAUUUUAACAUUUUUGAAUGCCUUGGCUCAUAUGAACAUCAUUAAUAACUGUGACGUGACAGGGACCAUUGACACGGCACUGCCGUUCAGCAUCUGCAUGGCCUUCUCCAACAGCUGCAUCAACCCUUUGCUGUACUGCUUCAUUGGGAAUCAGUUCCAGGAGAAGCUCCAUCACUUGUUUAAACGACGAGUUUAUCAGUUCAACAGCCAUCGAGAAACCUCCUCUUUGAGGAAGGGCAGCUACUUCAGAGAUACUGAGACCCCCAUGGGCAGGGAAGAGGAACCCGAGUCCUUCCUGUAG